AUGGCAAGAUACCUUCAUACAAUGCUCAGAGUCGGCAACCUCGACAGAUCGAUAGAGUUCUACACCAAUGUGCUGGGAAUGAAGUUGCUCAGAAAGUCAGAGAACACAGAGUACAAGUACACAUUAGCCUUUGUUGGCUACCAGGAUGAGUCAGAGGGCGCUGUUCUCGAGCUCACCUACAACUGGGGCGUCGAGUCAUACGAUAUCGGAACUGCCUUUGGCCACAUUGCCAUCGGUGUAGACGACAUUGCUGCCACCGUCGAAAAGAUCCGCGCCACUGGUGCCAAGGUCACACGCGAGCCCGGUCCCGUCAAGGGUGGCACGACCGUCAUCGCCUUUGUCGAGGAUCCCGAUAACUACAAGAUCGAGUUGAUUGCGAACAAGCAUGCUGGUCAUGGUCUAACUGGCAAC